GUCACCUUAACAAAGUUAAGAGUUUAAAGUUCUUUGUAUGAUAGCACGGACUGGUCAGUCGCGGUAAAAGUUAACAUUGAAAAUACAUUUUCAUAGCUUGACCAUUCGAAGCUCAGUCUUAGUGCAGUGAAGUUGGCUUAAUUGUAUUUAAGCUAUGUCGGAUAUUGAUACGGACCACGCCGCAACUAAUGCACAACCUAGAGGUGAGUCACAGCCCCCUGCACCACAUCCUGAUAUAGCAGAUGCUUUUCACUUGUUCCGUGAUUACUUAGAUUAUAAACUUGUUGAUUUAAAAGCAGAUUUGGCUUCCGAGCAAGACAAUUUGUCACGUAAAUUUAAAGAAGAAGUCGGUAUUAAAUUCAAGAAAGAAGGGAACAGUAUUCAAUAUCAUUUCAAUGAUGAAAUUCUGACCGGGCUCCUUAAAAUUCAAAAGAAGGGCUCCUCUUUAGAUUUUCCUACUAACAGUAUCGUAUCUGAGCUUAUUACUAAAGUUAAAGCUAGGAAUAAGUCGAUAAGGAUCGCCGACAGCUCUGCAGGGGGCUGGACUACAGUGCGCGAAUAUGAGUCUAAUACCAUCGCUGAUAACUCUGACGAUGAAAAGAAGAUUAGACAAGCUGAAAGUCGUGCAGUUAAGUCAAUCAAAGAGAGAACCAAACCCCGCCCUUCUCCUUACAACAGUAACAACAGAGCAAACCAAAAUGCUAGACCAGCUGAAACUGUGCCAAAUCCUGAUUAUUCUCAGUCUUACAGUCGUUAUUCUCAACCUCCGCAGCCCUUUCGUGCAGGCUACGGUAGGCGUGAGCCGACCCAGUAUGACAUGUGUCACCAGUGUAAACAGUUUGGACAUUGGCGCAAGAACUGCCCACUUAACAGGGCCCAGACAUUUCAAAACAACGCACAAGGACAAGGCGCCCAACGAUCUUAAACCGCUAUUUUUCAUACUGGUAGAUGGGAAGCAUUACCAAAGAAUUCUUUCAACAGUCACCUUUCACAGUUGUCAACUAAGUUGCCACAGUUUUGCCUUUCUUCUAGAUCAGAGAAUACAACAAAAAACUACAAAUAUGCUUUUGAAGCUUGGACUAAAUGGUGUGUAUUUAAUGGAAUUUGCUAUUUACCGGGUUCUGACACUAAUGUUUCAUUGUAUUUAAUAGAUUUAACCGAAUCUGCUAAGUCACAUAGCAAGAUUAACGAAAUGUUUUACGCUAUUAGUUGGGCUCAUCGGCUCGCCGGGUUACCUGAUCCAUGUAAAUCAGAUUUAGUCUUAUCUGUCAAAGAAGGUGCUUUGAGAUUGAUAGGUCACACUGUAAACAAAAAAGAGCCAAUUACACCGGAAAUUUUGAAACAUAUUGUAUUGUUAUAUGGCAAUGAAAAGUCAUCUUUAAAAGAUUUGAGAAUAGCUUGUAUGUGCUUAUUGUGUUUUUCUGGUUUUUUACGUUUUUCAGAAUUGUCAAAUCUGAAAAGAAACAAUAUAACUUUUUACGAUUCAUAUGUGAAACUUUUUCUUGAAAAGAGUAAAACAGAUGUAUACAGAGAGGGUAACGAUGUUCUCAUUUCUAAGACUUAUAACAUUACAUGUCCAGUCAAUAUGUUACACAGGUAUUUAAGUCUGGCAAAUAUUUCUCACAGUAGUACGGAAUAUAUAUUCCGAGGUUUAAGCUAUUGUAAAAGUAACAACAGUUAUGUACGUCGUAAGUCAGGAAAAAUAUCAUAUUCCUCUGCUAGAGACAUUUUAUUGUCCGCUCUUCAUAAGUUAGGUUUAGACAGGACAAAAUUUGGUCUUCAUAGUUUGAGAUCUGGCGGAGCUACGGCAGCUGCCGCAUCAAAAAUUGAAGAUAGAAUUUUCAAAAAACAUGGUAGAUGGAAAAGUGAUCGUGCUAAAGAUGGCUAUGUUAAAAUUUAGAAGAAAGGUUGUCAGUUACAAAAAAUCUUGGUGUUUAAUAUAUUUUCAAUCCGUCCUUUUUUGGCCCAUCCUUUGUUUUGUUCGAAACUUUGCUGCACUCGUCUAGGCGAGCUGUUUCCCAUAGAUAUGUGUUUGAGUUUUUGUUCAUAAAUACUUUAUUUGCGUUUGAGGGCACGAAUAAGAAAAUAAAUGUAUUUAUUAACUAUCGAUAGCACAUGGCAUUGUUGUUAUGUUGGGAACAUGUGUUUAUGUUUACAAUAAUAUUUAAAUUAUUUUAGCAUAACAAUAAGUCACCUUAACAAAGUUAAGAGUUUAAAGUUCUUUGUAUGAUAGCACGGACUGGUCAGUCGCGGUAAAAGUUAACAUUGAAAAUACAUUUUCAUAGCUUGACCAUUCGAAGCUCAGUCUUAGUGCAGUGAAGUUCCCCCCCCCCCCUCCCCCUGUUUACUUGUUUUUGUAUAAGCUUAUAAUAUUGUAAAUGCAUUAUGCUUUUCUGCAGAUGUUAAAAGAACAUUAUGAAAUUAUGUUUUUGUGAUAUGAAAGAUUCUAUUUCAUUAUUUCUCAUUGUAGAUAUGUUUGUAAGACAUGUAUGCUGCAGCGGUCUUAGUGUGCUGGCAAAGUCAU